AUGGGUGACAAAACGGACCUCGAAAAAUUGCAGGAGAUGGUCCAGAUGUUGAUAGACGAGAGAGAUGCAGAAAGGGCAGCCAGAGAGGCGCUGGAAAAGAAGAAUAAAGAAAUAUUAACCGUGAUGAACAUGUUCAAUCAUGGGAAUACGAUUACUUUUCCCGAAGGCCCUCGAAUUGAUGCUAACAAUUUCGAGUUACGCAUGACCCUUAUACAAAGGGUCGAGCAAACUCCUUUUGCUGGUAGGGCCGCAGAGGAUGCCAACCGCCAUCUCUACAAAUUUGUGGAAAUCGCAAACACACUCAAGUUAAAUGGUGUCGAUGAAGAUGCCAUAAGGGUAAGAUUCUUUCCAUUUUCAUUGACUGAUUCUGCUAAAUUGUGGUUUGAGUGUAUGCCCCUAGAGAAGGUUUCCACAUGGAAGGACAUCGUAGCUGCCUUCCUCGACAAGUAUUACCCGCCAGGCACCAUCUUGAAGAUGAAAAGCGAAAUCUUUCAGUUCAUCCAAGGCCAUGACGAGCCCCUCUACGAGGCGUUUGCUCGUUUCAAAGCUCUCCUCCGAAAGUGCCCUAACCACGGUUUCACCGUGGACCAUCAGGUAGGAAUCCUUUAUAAUGGAUUUAACGAAAAAAUUUGUGCUAUGUUAGAUUCAGGGGCGAACGGAGGCUUCUUGAGAAGGUCGGGUGAAGAUGCCAUGGCGGUGAUCGAGGAAUUCACCACCAACAGCAGGGGGUGGUCGAAAGAAAGGCACAACAUGAAGAGGAUAGCUGCAAUUGAAGAGGCCGAAAAAAGUUCUUUUGCGAAGGAAUUGGCCGAACUCAGGGUUAGGGUAGACCAAAUAGACACAUCAAGGAAGGAGGAUCAGAUUCCAUCAACCUCCAUCAUAGCGGUCUCUAAACCCGAGGUCCCUGCCCCGAUAGUGGAGGAAAUCAACUACGUGCAAGGAGGCGGUUCCAACAGAAAUUACAACAAUAAUUAUUGCCCUAAUCAGGGGGGUGGUAAUUUCAACAAUUAUAACGGAAACCGGCCUCAUCCAAACCUUUUGUAUUCUAACAAUAAUUUCUUGCAACCCCCUGCAGGAUUUAACGUUGGCAAAGGAGGAGUAGUUGAACCAAUCAAAAAGGAGGAGAAGUAUGACCAAUGA